ACUCCCCCUAUUUCUCUCUCUCUCUCUCUCUCUCACUCCGUUCCCUAACCCUUUCUCUCAUCUUCCUCCCUAUCUCUCUAUUCCUUAAUCCUCUCACUCUCUCUCUGUUCCCCAAUCCUCUCUCUCUCUCUCUCUCUCUCUCUCUCUCUCCGUGGCCAUAUCUCCAAAUUUGCUCGAAGCGGAGGCAGCGAAGAUGAAUCGGCAGUUCUUCGGUCCUAUCUCCCGCCCGUCGGAUCCCUCAAUCUCCUCUCUGAUUCUUGGGAUUUCCACAUCGAUCGGAUUCUCCUUCAUCAUUGGUCUGACUAGUGUUGGUGAAUCGACGAUAUUAAACGAGCUUUACGGAUUCAAUGAGAGCUCGCCCGGAAUGCUCCCACCUUUUACAAUGCAGUUGGAAGAAACACGAGCAUUGGCUAGGCAUUAUACAACGAGAAUUGAACUUGGGAUUUUUGCUGAAAGGCUGAUUCUUCUUGAUACCCAGCCUUUAUUCAGCCCUUCUAUUCUAUCUGAUAUGAUUAGACUUGAUGGCUCGUCUUCAGUUUCUAUAUUAAAUGGCGAAUCCCUAUCAGCUGACCUGGCUCAUGAAUUGAUGGGUAUUCAGGAACCGUUCUAGCUUAGUGUUUUCCUGGUAUCCAUUAGUCAUGUUUUACUGGUGGUAUCAGAGGGAUUUCAUGAUAUUAAUACGUGGCAUCUGAUACUGAUGGAGCCUGCGGAAGAGUUUUUAGCUUCCCCUGUCUUCAUACAUGCAAAGUAUCAUGUCUCUGUGUUAUGAUUUGAGCUACCAUGCCUACCUUUAGAAUUUGUGAUAUAAAGAGAAUACUCUGUGCACAUGAUCUUCCUUUAGAAGAACACAAUUAUUUGAAGCAUGAGGUUUCAUUUCAUUUGCACUUCUUACAACUUUUUAACCUUGUCAUGAGAAUCAUACCAAAUGGGCACUUUGGAGAUAUGGUCAGGGAGUUCUUGUCCUCCUUAUCAUUGUCAGUUUUCCCUGCCUGAUGUGUAUCAUUGUACUCCUCAACUUCAUAGGACAGAGAGCACCAGUCUCGUUGCUUUAGCAAAUGGACAAACAGAACUCAUCUUGGUUGUUAAUUCCUUGUUUCAGAGAUACAGAAAGAAAGCUAAAAAAGAGUUGUGGGAGAAAUAUAAACUCUUCGUGAUAAAGAACAACAGAGUUCAAAUAAUGUUUCCAUAGAGAGCUAAAAUUACCAGUCUAAAUGCUAAAAGAUACAUUAGAAC